ACUAAACUCUAAACUCUAAACUAAUAACAUAUUUUCUCCGGAAGUUGUUGGUUGUUUUCAAAGGGAAAAUACUUCAAGUUUUUACUUUUAUUAAUCUUACUUUUCUAACAAAAGAGGUUGCUAACUUUUGUUUACGGUUGCUGUCAAGAUGGCGGAAAUUUUUUAAUGAAAAUUGAUCAAUGUUGUUAAUGGGUUGUUGACUACAAAAUGGAUACAGAGCAGGCUGAUUUAUUUGUUAAUCUGCUGGCUAGUUUGCGCUCAACUACACUGUUGAAUGAAUUGUUGUGUGCUGCACAGGAUGAAGCCCAAAAAUCUAAUUGUCGAAUCUCAGAGUUAAGAAAAAGUGUACAGAAUGGUCUUGUUAUGUCAGAUUGGGAUCGCAAGCUUCGAAAUGCCGUAUACAAAUUUCUUUUAUCACAGCCUAAGAUUCCAAAAAAUAAUUUGCAUGUGAAUCCAGAGCUACUAAAAGAACCUAUCCCUUACAUUAUGAAAGCACAGCUGACUUGGGAGAAAAAGAUAUUAAAAAGUUUAAAUAGCAUGUGCACAGAGCUAACUAUUCCACUGGCCAGAAGUAGGACAGAUAAGGAUAAAAAAGACUUGACAACAAGAUGGACAGAGCUAGGUGUUGAUGGCCCAGAUCUCAGCCAGAUCAGACCUGUAUAUGCUCCCAAAGAUUUUCUUGAUGUGGUUAUAAAUCUCCAAAAUCCUAAUAGUGCAAACUCAGGAAACAUUGGAACACAUGAUUUACCAUGGGGCUUCAUCCAAGUUUCAAUUAAAGUCAAAACACUUAAUGAAUUGAGGCUUCAGUACAGUGAAAUGGCAAUCACCUAUUGUCAGACUGGCACUGAUGAUAUGUCUGACAUUCCUCCUGAGCUGUUUGAGAAUGAAAGAACUAAACUUGGCAAGAAAGUUCUUGCAAAAAGACAUGCUCCUAUAUCAAGAGAAUUCUCCAAGAAAGGCUGCCCGGUGUCUAUGAGAGCAGAGUUGUGGUGCCAGAUGCUGGGGGUUGAGCUAGAGAAAGUGGAUUAUCUGUACUAUGAACAGCUAAAGGGGUGUGUAUUCCAGCAUGACCUUCUUGUUGAUAGUCUGUUGUAUAAGGAUGUCAAACUGACAGCCACAAAUGAUGAUCAGUAUUUUGUUUUUGAAGAUUUUCUGUACCAGGUUCUUCUCCCCUUCUCUAGAGACACAGCUGUGUUAAAGCAUUUUCAGCACAACAGCGCCACGCCCCCAAAGUCCUACAUCAGGGGCAAGCUAGGGAUGGAAGAAUUUGCUGUUACCUACCCACCCAGCGGGGUUAUCCCCUUUCAUGGCUUUGCUAUGUAUGUUGCCCCCCUUUGCUAUUUGUACAAUGAUGUUGUCCAGCUCUACUUUGUAUUCCGCCACAUGUACACCCACUAUUUCUUCAGACUACACAGCAUAUCUUCACAUCCUCAGGGUAUUGUUGGGUUGAGUCUCUUGUUUGAAAAUUUGCUACAAGCUGAAGAGCCAGAAUUGUUUUUUCACCUGAAACAAGUGGGGUGUCAGCCGUUAAGGAUAGCAUUUAAAUGGCUAAUGAGAGCAUUUUCUGGGUUUUUGGCAAGUGAUCAAGUUUUACUCCUGUGGGACAGGAUUUUGGCUUUUGACUCUCUGGAAAUUUUGUCUGUUUUGGCAGUGGCUAUUUUUUCAUUUAGAAAAACAAAUUUAAUGAAAGUUCAAAAUCUAAAUACUGCAGAGUCAGUCCUGGCCGACCUGUUUACACUUCAAGUGGUUCCCCUGCUGCAGCUUUCAUUGUUUUCCAAGUAGAACUCCGGCUCCUUACUGCAAUAGUCAACUGUUUUAUAAACCUCUACACUUAUUAAAAAAUUGUGUUGAUCAUGAUUAUUUUGUUACAUUUUUGUGAAACUGUAAAACAGUAUGUUAAUUAUAACUUACAAAUGAGAUGUAAAAAAAAUUAAACAGAUUUAAUUAUUUCAUUAACUGAUUUAUAUGUACAGAUACAUUUUUUUUUCAAUUUAAUUUAAAAAAAUGAUAUGUUUGUAUGUAGAAUAUGUAGAAUUUAUUUAUAUUUUUAGAAAUUAAUUUCUCAGUUAAUUAUGUUGUUGACAUGUUUCCACUUUAAUUUGUUAAUUUUUAUGUUUACUUAAUCACUAUUGAUAAUACAACUUCAAAUUUUUAAUAUUUUGUACUUAGAUUAUGAAAAAAAUAUACAUCAAACCUUUCUACAUAUGUGACUAAAACAUCUUUGUAGUAUUUUUGUGUGUAUGUGUUAAUUAUUAAUUUUUAUCAUUAAAUCAUGAACAAAUCUUAGAUGGUGCCAAUACUACAGUGAUAAUGUACUAAAGGGCAGCAACUAUAAAUAAAAUUCUUACAUUAC